CUUUUUUUUUCCCCCUCCAAGAGGGCAGUUUUGUCAAAAAGUUUUCAGGGGGGUCAUCAUCUGCCGCCCCUCCAUGGCUUGAUUUACAGGCAGAUGUGCACUGCAGAACAAGGAAAAGUUUAAAAAUAUUAUAGACAGCUCGAUCCCAGGUGUAUAAAUUUAGUAUGUGAUCUUUACAAAAUAAGGGAGGAACGAACAAUACUGGGAGGGCGGGUGUGUGUGUGUCUUUGUUCUCUCCCGUUCUUUGUAAACUUUUCACCUAAUCGGAAACCAGAAAAAGAAUGUCGUUUGUGCAUUCUGGCUCACGGGAACCAACGUCCUGGUUCCCCGCCGCCUAGCGCUGUCAUUGAACUAGGGAAACUUUCCCACCUGCCCAAGGCUCCCCGGAGAGCCGGUCCGGGGUGCACAGGGUUGGUCCAGACCCACCUCCCAGCUGCAACCAGAUUUACAGAAAAGUCCGCUGUCGUCUUGGUCAGGGAUUUUCCCGGGCUUUCGGCUCAGAAAGAACUUCCGGGUGCUGGAGGGGGAGGGGUGAUCCGCAGGGGGUCCGCAGCCACGGAAGGGGGGUGAAGGGGAGUCGGAAGAGGGUAGAAGCUGGCGGGUGAGCAGAGCCGGACAGAGACUCGCGGUCACUGGGAAGCGCUGUGCUCGCCUCCCGCUCUCCACUCUUGGUGCUUGCUUUUGCUUCUCCUCACUCCCCCUACAAGAUUGGGAACAAAAAAGGCUGCUGACUCUGCAGAGAGAAGAGACAAGGCUCUGGAGUCCUGAUCUAGCUAACUGCCGUCACUGGAAGGCUCUCAGGCCAGAGAGCGUCAUGUUGUCCUUUGAAGAUGCUGACACAGAAGAGACCGUAACUUGUCUCCAGAUGACUGUUUAUCAUCCCAGCCAGCAGCAAAGUGGAAUAUUUAAAUCAAUCAGGUUUUGCAACAAAGAGAAAUUUCCUUCUGUUGAAGUGGUGAGAUUUGGAAGGAAUUCCAAUGUCUGUCGCUACACUUUUCAGGACAAACAGGUUUCCCGAGUGCAGUUUGCUUUGCAGCCAUUUAAACAGUUCAACAGCUCUGUUCUCUCAUUUGAAAUCAAAAACAUGAGUAAGAAGACCAGUUUGAUGGUGGACAACCAGGAGCUUGGCUACCUCAAUAAGAUGGACUUGCCCUACAAGUGCAUGCUUAGGUUUGGAGAGUAUCAGCUCCUGUUGGAGAAGGAAGACGGGGAGUCAGUGGAAUCUUUUGAGACACAGUUUAUCUUGUCUCCGAGACCACUCUUACAAGAAAACAACUGUCCAAUGCAGAGCCCGAUACCCGAGGAUGGGGGCUAUUCAUCCUAUUUCACCCAUAGGACUUCUCCUACAGAGAUGGAUGAGAAUGAAGUGUGAACAGAGUCCAAGCGGAGACUCAUGAAGGAUGAGGACCCAUGGGUAGACCCUUGAAAGACACUCUACCUCUUAAGAGUUUAGAGCCUAGUGUUGCACAGAUAUCUGCAUGCUGACUUUGGGUUUACUAAUAGCAUUUGGAAGUCUGUGGACUGUGUUUGUCAUCAACUUCAUCAGCUCUUUGCAUUCUGGACCUACAGAGAAUUAAGUAUACUCCUGUAAGGGUUAGUGUAUAAAACCUGUCUUCUGUGUAAUGUUAUUCUUGCUCCUUUUCCUGCUUGAUGGCUCGCCCAUGCUUUGUUUUGGUAACAGCCAUCUCUUGGCUUGGUCACAUCAUUUCAUAGCAGCCUUUAGCUUCCAGGUUCAGAGCGCAGGCGGAUUGUUCGCUGGUGCCUGUGGCAUGUUCCUACUUGCAGAGCUGGAAUCCUGGAAUGAGUUCUCGAGUCCCUUCUGAGUCACUGUGGGUUCAUUAUGGAAAGUUUUGAGAAAAGCACCUUGAUUUUCUUUCUGUGGAAUUAUAAAGUCUACUCCUAAGAUGUCAGUGUUGCUUUUCUGUAUGGAGGACCUACAAUUAACAUUUAAAGAACAUUGAGAUUACAAUUAUUUGCCACAGAAGGUGGCAGCCACCACCGUCUCGGGAGUAAAAGUCCCUCAAAAUUUACGACUGUUGGAAGAGCCGGAAGAAGGCCAGGAGGGAGUAGGCACAGCACAGUUAGCUGAGGUCUAGAGGACGAUGAAGACCUGACAUUUACAAGAUGGACAGGGAUGAUACCUGGGCCUCCAAGAACAAUUUAUGAAAACUGAAUAUACAGCCUUAAAAUAGGAUGUGGGCCUAAAUACCCAGAAGCACUUCCAUCUGUAUGAUUUGUAACGAAAGUCAUUGAGUGGCGUGAGUAGUUCAAAUGGCGUGGUGGAUCCACGGGUCACAUCGGUGCUGGCAAAGUGGCAGGAUUCCCACAGCCUCGAAGUUACCCUACAGGAGCUUCGGCUCUUGUCAGUGUCAAAAGAGAACAUGAAGUUGACACAGCCACCAGAAGGACAGUGUUACAGCAAUUAGCCACUAAGGCCCCAGCCAUUUCUUCCCAAUCCAACCUAAGUCUUUAUUUUCCACAGUGAUAAAUUUUCUAGAUUCAUUCUGUAGACCUCACAGUCCUGGAGAGGAAAUUCCACUGAGACUUCAUCCAUUCUUAGACACUGUUUUGGUACUGACUUGUUGUCUGUUUGAAAUGCCUGAGUUGUGCUUUGUAAUAUCUUCUGUGGAGUGUAACCACUGGCUGCCUAGUUGAACUUCUGGGAUCAAGAAGGUGUGUUGAAAUCAGUUUCCUUUGGCAGCAGUGGGCACAGCUAACACAACUGUGAAUAGACACGUCAUACAAUCGCCUACUGCUGACAUGUGACCUGGGUUUGACUUUGCCCACCCCACCCUCCUGCCACAGCUGUGUGUUGACCCUUAGAAUAGAUGGCAAGGCUUCAGGUAGCAGCCAUGGGACUACUGCUGUGUUAAAGAUAAAACCUUGAUUUUUAUUUAGACAGAAAAAGGGAGAUGAUGUGGGAUUCUCCUCUGUAUGUUAUGUGUAUGUUUUAUUACCAUUAGUUAAUAAAGAAGCUACUUUGGCCUAUG